UAUCAUUAUUAUUGACAUUAUUAUUACAUUUUAAGCGAGAGAGAGGGAAAACAACAAGAAAAAAGAAAAAAACAGGGAAAUCAUUUCAAAGACAAUAUUUCUAUAAACAUUGAAUGUAUACAAACAGAAUAAACAUAAUCAAAGUGAACAUAGAAACAUAUCCCCAAUAGUCAUAAUAAUAAUAAUAAUGGCUUUCACACAAAUUGGAUGUUCCUCUUCAUAUAAAAUGACAAUAUGUCCACGAAACCCAUCCCCAACGACAAUGUCUAUAAAUAAUGAUGUUACACAUGUUGAAGAUGGAUUUUCAACAAAUGAUUAUGGUAUUAAACCCAAUUCUUGGGAAUGUUCUGAUUUAAAAAAUGACUUAACCCAAAAUGAAGCACUUAGUAACAAUCAACAAUACCAACAAGAACUAUUAAAUGUUCCAUUUAUUACGUCACAACAUAAACCAUAUCAAAAUUUAAGAUAUACUGGUAAAAAUUUUCCCAAUAAUUUACAACAUUCAAAUAGAGAAAUGAAAGAGCCGGAUAAAAGUGAAUUGGACAACUUAGAAGUAUUUUCAUCAGAUAGAUUAACGCAUAGUUUAAAUUAUUCAACACCUACUUCAUUAUACCAUCACCAUGAUCAUCAUCGUGAUCAGGAUCAUCAUCAUCAUCAACAACAACAACAACAAUAUGCUAAUCAUUUAAAUUAUCCUUCUAAUUAUCAAAAAACUAAUUAUAAUCUUUAUCACCAACCAAAUAAUGAUCCUGUAUUACAUUCAUCAAUACCUAUAGAUCUUCAUGAAUCAUCCAUUUAUUUUAGACAACCGAAAGAAAUGAAUAAUAAUACCUCAGAGAUUAUAAUUUCAAAUUAUUCAGAACAGGAAAUAAUAGAAAAUAAACUCUUGUCAAAUGGAAACAUACCUAACUCAUUAGAUCAUUUAUCCAAUUCGUCUAAAUCAACAUCAAUAACAACAACAACAUCAUCAUCAUCAGCAGCAGGAGUAGCUGCAGCAGCUGCAUCAAGAGCAUCGAUGGAAUUACAUAUUGGAGAAAUCAAUGAAGUUCAUUCAAAUCAAUAUGGUAAUCUAAGUACAGAUUUUCAUUUAAUUCAUAAAAAUGAAAAUGAUUUAACAGAAUUUUCAAAUUAUACACCAUAUUUAAAUAAAUUAUUUUCAUCUAAAGUAUUAUUUAAUCAUAUACAACAACAAUCAUUAAGUCAACAGCAUACUACUGAUAAUAAUUUAAUAAGUAGUAGUGGCAGUAAUAAUAAUAAUAGUAAUGCAUGUAGUAUAACAAAUAUUAUUAAUGAUAAUCUAUAUACUAAUAAAAAACAUCAUGAUUCAAAUGUAUUAUUAUCAACAACUAUUUCACUUUUUCCUACUCAUACUACUUAUACUACUGGUACAUGUAGUAGUAUCAAUGAGAACAAUUCAAAUCAUAAUAAAAAUUAUACCGCUACUACUACUACUCCUGCUGCAAUUAUGGAUUAUGAAAAAUUUCAACCAAAUGAUUAUAAAUUAUUAUCUGAAAAGGGUUUACUGAAAACAAUGGAGCAUCACUCUUCGUCUUCUUCAUCAUCAUCGUCAUCAUCAUCAUCAUCGUCAUCCACUUUUGAGUCUCGUGAUAUAAAAUAUCCUAAUAUACAAAUAUUGAAUGAUAAAAUACAAUCAUCAUCAUCACCACCAAUAUCCUCUUCACAUUCUCCGAUAAGAAUAAAUGAAAUGAAUAAUUCAAAUAUAAUAAUGACAACAAAUAAUUCAUUAUAUCGUUGUAUACCUUCAAUUCAUCCUCCAACUGUAAAUGUUUAUUCACAAGUUAUAAAUUCAACUCAUUCAAAACAGCCAAUCUAUCCACGAAUAUCAACAAAUGAUUUGUCAAUAGAACAUCCUCAUUUUCAUAUACGGAAUAAUGGUAACAAAACUGGUAACAAUAAUGUUAAUAAUAAUCCAUAUCCAUUCAGUGGGAAUUUACCACAUCCUCAUCAUCAUCCUCCUCCUCCUCAUCAUCAUCAUCAACAACUUUUAUCUAGAUCAGUUCAAAAUUCUAAUAAUACUCAUUUACAUCAUUCAGUUUAUUUAAAUAAUGGACAUUUAAGAAAUUUCAAUCAAACUAAUGGUCCUAGUAUUGGACAUACAAAUCAUCAUGGAUUUACUUAUGGUCUUGAUGGUACACGACGUAAAAAUGCUACUAGAGAGAGUACUACAACAUUAAAAGUUUGGUUACAAGAGCAUAUGAAAAAUCCAUAUCCUACUAAAGGGGAAAAAAUAAUGCUUGCUAUUAUCACAAAAAUGACAUUAACACAAGUUUCAACAUGGUUUGCAAAUGCUAGACGACGUUUAAAAAAGGAGAAUAAAAUGAGUUGGCCACCUAAAUCAAUUGGAAGUAAUAAUAGUAUAGAACAGAAAAGUCCAAUCAAUUUAAAUUCCGCACAAAAUUCAAAUAUAAAUCAUCAUGUAAAUAAUGAAAAAUCUAUUGAACAUUUAAUGAAAUCAACUAAAAAACUUCAAAAUAAUCAAGAUUUAAAUGAAGAUGAAAUAAUUUUAGAAGGAGAUAUCGAUGAUGAUCAUGAUGAACAGAUGGUUGAAGAUGAAAUCGAUGGUCAUAAUGAUAACGAAGAUCAUAAUGAUGAUGAUGAUGAUGGUGAAGAUGAUAAUGAUGACGACAACAACGACGAUGAUGAUGGUGAUGAUGGUGAUGACGAUAAUGAACAAAAUGAUAAUGGUGAAUUUGAUGAAGAUUAUAAUGAUGUUGUAGAAGGUGAUCUUGUAGCGAAUAAACAUAAUUGUAGACAAAAUUAUUUAAAUUCCUCACAUCAUAAUUUUCAAUCAAUUCCAUCAUUUCUAUCACAUUCAAAUCAUGAUUCUUCAAUUUGUGAACAAUCUACAAAUCGUUUUAAUUUGAAUAUAAUUCCAAAUGAAAGAAAUUCUGAAUUAUUUCAUUAUACUACUAAUACUUAUCUUACAUCAUCAUCACAAACAUUGCCACAUUAUAGUCAUUUAUCAAAUGUUCAUUAUGAUGAUAAUAAUAGUCCAAUUGGAAUACGUAAUUCACACACAAUGAAUGAAUACCUACUUUCUAAUAGUAUUAAUACUACUACUACUACUACAAAUACUACUAAUACUAUGCAUAGUAGUAUUAAUAGUACAAGUAUUGAAACGAAUAUACUUUCUAAAUUACAACCUCAAUCAAAAUCAUUUCAUUUUUCUUAUGAAAUUCCUUCAGAUAUAAAUCAAAAUUCUUUAUAUUCAACAAUGAAAUAUCAUAAUUCAAUUCAUUCUACUAUUUCAUCAUAUUUACCUACAAUUAUACAAUCAUCAACAUAUUACACUUCAUCUAUACCAAUGAUGAACAAUAGUACGAAUACUACAGUGAAUUAUCAACAUUCAAAUCUUGUAUCCUCCUCCUCCUCAUCAUCAUCACCAUCAUCAUUAUCAUUAUCAUCGAAUUCAUUGAUUCAUAAUGAACAAAUUCCAUUAAGUCAAUCUAUUAAUUAUCCACAUUCUUUAAUAUUAAAGCAUAAUAAACAAUCAUUAAUGAAUACAGAUAUGAUGUACAAUACAAAAUGUCUUCAAUCCAACUUUUGUUAAUAUUUAUAUACCGGCCCCCCCCCUCUGACGAAAGGAACAAAAGAAACACUUUAGUGUAAUAAUAUUUCAUAUAAACUUCAUAUUGUCUUAUUACGUAAUACAUUGAUUGUAGAUGACAAUAAGUAUGUAAUAUUAGUUUUAUCUGUAUGCAUAGUACAAAUGUGGAGAAGAUUUGUAGUUCAGGUCGAUGAAUAUGAUGGAAUUUUGUACUUUGAGCUGGAUAGUUUGGUCGUGGAAUUUUCAUCGUUCUUCUAAAUGACUUCAAACUUCACUUCUAUCUGAAGUUUGUGCUGAUGAUAUCGUUUAAAGAUGGACGAUGAAAGUUCCAUAACCAAACUAUUCAGUUCAGAGAAUAAAACUCCAUCAUAAAUACAAAUGUAUUGAAUCAUAUGAGAGUCAAUGUGUUUUAAAGAGUUAUAAAUUCAAAUAUGUAUACAAUGUACAAUUAUUCCAACCUUCUUUAUAUUUCUAUAUAUAUAUAUAU